AUGAGUGAUCUAGCAUUGUCCAAGAUUGGUGGACUAAUAAAGGCGCCUGAAGAUCUUAGUAAGCUAGAUGAUAUCCGUCAACAAUUUGCAAAGGAGAAGUCCACCGUUGAUAUCAAGCUAUCGACAACCACUGAUUCUCAAAUUGCAUCAAUCAAUCAUAAUUUAGCCGAAUUGAAUCGUACCAUUUCAAGGGUGGAGGAGAUAAAAGCGGAUAUAUCGAAAUUCCACAAUACAUAUGAUGAGUCUGUCACCUCGGUCAAGGACUACGACCUUAUUCGUAAAAUGAUAUCCAUCAAUCAGUUUAUGGAGCAAGUUACAAGCUUGACUCAAGAUAUUCGACAAUUUAGAAAGAAUUUGGAGAGAUUGAAUCGUGAAAUUGCAGAUGAGACAGCAAUGCUAAAGGAAGAUUUGAGGUAUCCGGUGCCAAACAUUUUGAUUAUUCACUAUCGCUACACCCGUGUACGCAACUUUGCCGAUUAUCUCGAAAAGUAUUCGCAAUCGUUGUCGGACGAUUUACAGUCACUUGUAUACGGCUUUACGUCGCCGGUGAGGGAAACCAUUAGGUUGUUUGAUGAACUAUUGAAUGAGUGUAUUAUAUCGAUUACAGAGGCAGUGAAGGAUGAUAAUUUUGAGAUGUUAUACAAAGUAGUUGGUAUUGUGUUGUGGGAGGACAAAGAGGAUACCAAAAUCAGCGUAAUGCAAAACUUGGAUUUGGUAAGGCACAAUGUGAACAAAGACUACAAUGACUUCCGGAGCAAAAGACGCAAUUACAAAAAGUUCUUUUUUGACAAAUUCAAGUUGUUUUUUGAGGACACUUUUAACUCUUGUGUUGAACACUACCAGUAUGAAAAGAUUGGGUUGUAUGGAGAUUUACAAUGGCUUGAAGAGGAGCUUACUUUUGUAUACAAGUACUUGUCACCGUUGUUACCAAAGGAUUGGCAGUUUGGUGCAUUCACUGAAAAGAUAUUUUACGACAAAUUGCACCAGUACACUAUGGACAUGAUAAACCUUGAGCCGCCAGCUGAAGACAUAUUACAAAUUUUGCUGUAUGAUAAAAAGUUUGCUGAUUACCUGAAGCAACUUGAAGGGUCGGCCAAGUCGAUCAUUGGUGCUGACUUGAAGGAGACUGUGUUGGACGACUACUUGCGGAAUAUAACCAACAAGAUGAACGAAUGGAAUGACAGUUUGAUCAAACAAGAAACGACUUAUUUUUCAGAACGGUUGAAGGCACCAGAUAUAUACCCAUACGAUCAAACUGUCGAGGAGGUGGACAAUAACAAUGUACCCUUUGAAUUGUCGGUGAAUAUUUCAGCGUUUGUGUUGCCCGACUUCAAAACUCCCCUCAACAUGUUGAAGCAACAGGCAGAUGUAGCGGCAGAAUCGGGAUACUCAAAGAUUUUAGUCGCAGUUAUUGAGAACUGGUGUAACGCGUACAUUGCUAGAGUGGAAAACUUUCAAGUGGUGGUUGAUGAGGAAAUGGAUAGGUACUUUACCGUUUUCAGUAACGAAAAGUUUCUCAUCAAAGAGAGUAAGAUGAAAAGGUUGUUUAAAAAAAGACCCACCGUUGUCAAUAUAGAUGAGUUGAGCCCAGAAGAGCAGGCCAAUAUCUCGAGACCGGGUAUUGUUGAAUAUUUUGGGGCAUUGGCAAACUCUUUUGAAAUUAGCGGUGAGAGCAUUACAAGUAGGUUUGUUGACACUUACAAGGAAAAAGUGCACACAAACUAUCAUGUGAAGAUAUCGCAAGCAUUUGAAAGUGCGGUUGCCUCGUCGAAUUCACUAAACUCGGACGUUUGCAUAGCCAUUAGCAACAUAAUCAUUAAUGAUUUGUAUGUUGAGAUGUGCAAGUUGUUCACCAAACAAUGGUUGGAAGAUGGAAUGAAGCAAACAGGGGACGCAAUGCUGGCUGCUAUAAUGAGUGAAACGAUCGCUGAAUACUUGAGCGAACUAAGGUCGUACUGCGUCUAUACAAUUUAUCAAAAUUUGUGUCAAAUUUUCUUGGACAAGUUUGUUUGUGCUUAUAUAAAGAUUGGGUUUGAGAAUAUCUUGUAUGGAGAUGGUAAAAAGAUAAAUCCGGAAACGCAAGGAUAUAAAUCGUUUGCUUCAAGAGUGGGGAAGGAUGCAGAACUAAUAUUUGGAGGCUUACAGGAUCUAUUUACAGAUAAGGACAGGCAGUAUCUUUUAUCAACCGUACUGGCAAUUGAGAUUUUGGGAGAUUUGGGCACGAGUCCUAAUCCAAUGGAGACAUUCCCGUCCAUCUGGGAGCAUCAUAUUCUUCCUGUGUUUUACAAUUGUUCGACUGAUUAUAUCAAGGCGGUGGUGUAUAGUAGGAAGGAUAUGGAUAAGAACCAAUGGAAAAUCUUGGAGCCUGUGUUGAAAGAUAUCAAAGCAAGAUAUCACGAGAAAGUUGCGCCGCCCGAGUCUCCUGUGUUGACUUUGGAUGAUUUUGAAUUUAAUGUAUAA